AUCAGAUUUUAUCAAUCCAUUUCUCACCAAGCAUCUGCUCUGCAAAGAACGUUUCUGCUAUGUUUGUGUUUGGAGAUUCUCUGGUGGGGGUAGGGAACAACUUCUACAUUAACACAAUUGCAAAGCCAACGUGUCCAAAUGGUAUUGACUUUGUGAAAGGAUGUCCAUCCGGACGGUACACUAAUGCUAGAACAGUUGUUGACAUUUUUUUCUUUUGAAAGUUAACAGUUGUUGACAUUAUAGGCAAGUUUUUUGCUACUCAUUUCUAAAUUAAGGCCAGAUUAUCACUACUAGACGAAUAUAUCAGAAUAACUUAAGAUAUUGAUACUUGAAGGGUGUCAACUAUGCUUUUUCUGGAUCAAGAAGUUUUAACUCUACCGGAUCAAAAUACGGAAGGACAAAGGAACCAGGGAUAGGUGAAGAUUUCAUACGAACUUGAUGAAUGGAAACAUCUGCAUUACUAUUUUGUAGGGUGCUCAUAUUUGCAUGGAUGCACAAAUCAAUAACUUCGCAAAGACAAGGCAAGACAUCAUCUCAAGAAUCGGUGCAGCAGCAGCUCGAAAACUGCUUAGACAAGCACUCUACAUUAUUGUAAAAGGCGCAAAUGUAGUCUUCGAUAAGGCGGCUUCCUCAUCUCAUGAUGAUGAUAGUAUUUAUUUCGAUGAUAUGAUUUCCAAAUUCAGAUCCCAACUCACAUCUCUUUAUAAUUUGGAUGCCAGAGAGAUUGCAGUGACUAAUUCCCGUCCCGUUGGGUGCACCCCUAAUCAGAGGGAUAGAUUUUCUACAGACGAUUGUGUUGUUGCACGUGUAAAUCAACUAUCCAAGUUAUACAACACUAGGCUGAAGAACUUGCUCACAACGCUUACAACAAGUCUUGCAGGGUCAACAUUUGUUUACCAAGAUACUUACGCGGCACUAGAAGAUAUCUUACAAAAUUAUAAAUCAUAUGGAUUCGAGAAUGCAGAUUCUGCUUGUUGUCGAGUGCUUGGGAAGCAUGGUGGUUGAAUGCCUUCUGUGAUCUUAUCACGAGUUUGUCCAAACGGAACCAAGUAUGUAUUUUGGGAUCCAUACCAUCUAACAGAACCUGCUAACUUGAUUGCAGCAAAGCACGUAUUUGAUGGAGACAUCAAUAUGUUUCACCCAUGAACAUCCGGCAGCUUGCUAAUUCUUAAGCUACCCAUUGAAAUCAAUGCACGGAAUAAAAUGUGCAGAAAAAUUUGGUUGGCAUCCAUGAAUUGUUAAAUAAUAAAAGUACUAGUAUCAUUUUUUGGUAACAAUGAAGAAAUCCCUCUAUACAUAAGUAACAUUUCAAUUCAUAAUACGUUUGAAUCAA